AUGAAGGAUAGACGUGGUGUGGAUAGAGGGUUCUGCAAGGAAUGUGGAGAAUCAGAAUGUGCAGAGUACGAGUUGCCUCCUGAUGAACGCAAAAUUGAAUGCCACUACUGCUCCUGCUCACCAGUCAAGCAUGUAAAAAAGGAGACAACUCAGAAUUCAAGCAGUGGAACUCAUCAUCAUGACUUCCUCCAGCAUGAAAAGGCCGUUGAGUCCAAUCCACAAGGAAGGAUCUCUGAUGAGAAGGGAGAAACCUCAUCAGACCCAGUCCUGGCGAUGGCGAGUGCUCUCAAUGGCCAAUCAACUGGACCCGAUUUCAUGGAUGCAACUCAAGAAGACUCACUCUCAGAUCAUCAUGUCUCAUUCAGCCAUUCUGCAAGUGUUGAUCCAUCGAGUCCUUUAUGCUCACCUCCAGUGCAUCAGGAUACAUUUAGUGAAAGUCCAGUCACCACUCUCCUAAAACAUAACAUCAAAGAAAUGGUGGAGACAGACAGGAUAGACAACAAGUGCCAGCCGCUACAGGUAGCAUGCCUGGGUAGGCCCUUUCGAUUGGGAUGUCUAUACGAUCGUGGAACAGAUAGACUUAUAUCAGGCAUCAUGCUCUGGAGUGAGGAGGAGCUUCGGAGGAGAUUGAAAGUGUCUACGCUGGAAUUAUUGGAUUCAGAGGUCAUUGUGGAGGAUAGCAUCUCAGGCAAGGCUGCCAUCCUGGAUGUGGACGCCAGUCUCGAGCUUAGCUUCCUCAGUGGCCUCGUCAACAUCUCAGGUUGGCCGUCAUAA